AUGGGUUGCUGCUGCUCCAAACGGUCAGAUCCCACCUGUGAAGAGGAUCAGGUUGCCAUUUCUACUAAAUCUUUAAAGUCAGAAAUCGAGUUCAAAAUAAUUGCUCCAGAAACAUCUAAUAUAGGGCGAAAAUCGAAACUGUCGCCAAGAACACCAAAGCGACAUUAUAAAGCUUGAUCAUCAAGCCCUUCACCGCCAAAGAGCCCAUUCUUAUCAAAAAACAUGAAAUUAUCCUCAACAAAAACUCCUGAUACUAACUCUUCAGGUGACUUAUUUAAUGAAGGCUUCUCACAUGCAUUUUUGAAAAUCCUUAUUAAAGAUAAUUUCUCAGUCGUCAGAAAGCUACAUUCUGAGAAAAAUGGAAAAACUUUUUUGGCAAAAGAUCGAAAAACUGGGCUUAAAAGGGUUAUUAGAGAAGUUGAAAAAGCUUCAAUACCUAUAGAUUAGAUUAGAAUUAAAUUAUAGCUGGUUUUCAGAGAUUAUUUCACCUCCCACCAUCCCAAGGAUAGAUUCACGUUGGUUCUGGGUUACAUUAAACUAAAAAAAGACCUCGACCUCGACAGGGCUCCUAAUAUGGGUGAGCUGUCUUUGCCUCCUCCAUGGUGAGCCGUAUCACAGUCUUAGAAAAGCUCCAUUGAGAGCUGAAGGAUAUUGUGCCAGCAGACACGUCUGCAAGCUAGGCAAAAUAGUUUGAGGGCUAGACCCUGGACAAAAAGCCCACCCGAGAACUAUCAUCACGUGGUUCCUCUUCUCUGGGUCUGGAUCAACACCAGAGUCCUCGUAAGAUCACACUAUUUUAAUAAUUCCUCAGAACCUAUAGAAGCUCAAGAAAAAUAUAUAAUGGAAAUUCAAAAAUUCCAAUGUCUUGUAACUCUAUCCUAGAGUAAGCAAAGUUUUUUUUGUUGAUGAUUUAUUAGAAGAUGUUUUGGAGGCUUCAAUUUUAAAAAAUUUAGAGGCAAAAUAUUUAAUGAAUUAAAUUUAUGUUCUAUCAUAAAUUUUGCAAAUUUAAUUAAUUUUUUCCUUCCAAUUUUUGUGAAGUAUGAAUUUCUUAAAAUUUGAAAAAAAAAAUUUAUAGCUCAUCUAUGAGCGAGCAAAAUUUAUUGUUCACUCAUGAAGGUGAGAUUUAAUUACUUACUAAAUCUUAAUUUUUUAAAAAUCAGGAUUUCUUUAGUAUCUUAAUGACUCUCGGAAAGAUAAGAAUAAUUUAGGAUCACCCAAACGUUAUCAAGCUUCACGAAGUCUAUGAAUCAGAAGAAAAUUGAUCUUUAAUUUAUGAGUUCUUUCCUGGAAAUAAUUUACUUCAUAAGAUUCAUAAUGGAAAUAUUGGGAGCUCUAUGGCUUGCAAUAUAAUAAAAGAUAUUUUAUGCGGUUUACAUUAUUUUCAUAAGAACAGAAUUUUUCAUUUAGGGUUAAACCUUGAAAACAUUUAUAUAGACUCAAGAGAUGUGAAAACUAAUUGCAAAAUAAUUGGUUUAAAUUAUCCUUGAGAACCAGAAGACCAAAUUAAAAUAAAUGGGGUGGUAAAUUACAUAUAGACUUGCUAUAUGGCUCCUGAAAUACUCAGUCGGGUUUAUGAUAAUCCUGCUAGUGAUAUUUGAAGUGUUGGAGUUAUUUUAUAUUUAAUGAUCCAAGGAAAGCCUCCGUUUCGAGGGCAAAGCAAGAAUGAUCUCCUAAACAGCUAUAAAAGAGGCCUUGAUUUUGAAGAAAAUAAUUGAAUUUUAGCUGCAGGAGAACUGAAAGAUUUGCUUAGUAAAUAGCUCAUCUUAAAGAUCUAAUUUAAAGUUUUUUUUAAAGCAAUAUUUUAUUUUUAAAAUUAAAAAAAUAAAAUGAGAGAGAUAGAAAAAAUGCUUGAAUUUGACUUCAAUAAAAGGAUAACUAUUGACAUCGCCUUGAAUCAUCCAUGAAUCAAAAAUAAUCAAUCUUUACUUACAAUGCCUGAUGGCACUCAGCUUAAAGCUGAUUUUAGCAAUUAA